AUGUUCUUAUAUCCCAUGCUCAAUCGUGCAUUACGAUUGAUGGAUUGUGAUAUCAUUACACAUAUGGGUUUCUUCAUUGGUGAUUUACAUCGACAGAUUGAACAACUACACAAGGAACAAUAUGCUGGUACAACUGUUGCUAACACCUUUACUAUUUACCGUGGUCAAGGUUUAUCUACAGGGGAUUUUGAAAAAAUGAGCAAAAUUAAAGGUGGUCUAGUUUCAUUCAAUAAUUUCUUGUCUACCAGUAAAGAUCGUGAAGUUUCCUAUGCUUUUGCUGAAAGCAAUCAGACCAAUCCGGAUUUAGUUGGAAUACUUUUUGUUAUUAAAGCAGACCCAUCUCAAUCAACAACGCCAUUUGCUUCCAUUGCUGGUAUCAGCUAA